GUCUGUCUAUUAUUUAAAUGUAGCUCAAUGCUUGAUCUUGAGACCGCCCCAUAGACAACAUUGACCACGGGUGAAAGCCAGAGAAAAGUGAACAAAAUGUCGGGUCAAACCAUCCCUAAUGCUUCUACUAUUAUACUUAGCAGUGGAAAUAUUCUAAACUGGAACAGUUUGAAGAGAAAGGUCCCAAAGUCUUCGACAGAAGAGAUCAAGUUCUGUUUGAAACAAACGCUGAAGUGCUGUCUAGACCAAACCUGCGAUCAACCGUGUGAUUCGAGCUGUCUCCAGCAGGACGUGAUCACACUGACUCAUCCCCAGAACAGAUCGUCUCAACAGAAGGCCGCAAGGGAGGAAAUCAAGGUUACAGUCAAGCUUAUGAUAACAAAGACUGAUGAAGAGGAGAUUACAGAAGCACUAGACAUGGUUCUUAAAGAGCUUGAAAUCGAUAAGAUAGACGUCCUGCUACUCGCUCUCUCCAAGACCCCCAAUGUGAUAGAAGAUAGCGUAUCCUUUGAGCAUCUGAAACCCCUAUGGUGGGAGUUAGAACGUGAGGUCAACAAAGGCAGGAUUGGCACUCUGGGUAUAUGUGAUGCCGAUAAGACUAUGCUUGAGAAGCUACACCAGUGGGCAAGGGUGAAGCCUAUCAUCGACCAGUUGAAUCAAGACACUUGCUGCGUGAUUCCCCCCGACCUCAAUGAAUACGCCAAAGCUAACAAGAUCCAACUAUUGACACACAAUGACAAGAGUGACGUGCUUCCACCGGAGGACUUCCAGGCGGUCCUGGGCGAGUUCUUCCCAGGCGCAGACUCUGAGCAGUGGUACCCAGCAUGGACCUUGCGCUUCACCGUUCUCAUCCGAUGCAGGGGGGUCAUCACCACCAAAGGCUACAUCCUCAAGGCGCUCAAGGAUCGGGACUGACCGAACACCUUCAAGUCGGCCAAGACACAUCAGGGGGGCGUUUCACAACACUUGGAAUCAGUGACAAAUGACAGUUGUUGUUAAUCCUUGCUUCUGAUUGGUUAUCAACAGAUUUGUCACUCAUUUUUGUCAUUUGUCAUUGAUGAAAUGCUUUGUGAAACACCCUCCUGAACUCUUUAUGAAAAAUGGACCAAUUUGUUGUGGUUGAGAUGGCCCUGCUUGUGCAUGGAGAAAAGGUUCUCAGAAUGAUUUCCAGAUUCAGAGGGAGAGAAGGAGCGGAUUUGUGAAGUACUGUCUUUCGACAACCAUUUUUUUUAUUUGUUAAGAAAAACCUGGUCCCCUAUCCCUUACUAUGGAAAGGAGGAAAUAAAAUAUGUAUAUAUAAUAACUCUUUUAUAUUUCAAUUUAUUUUUUGCUAGAUUUAAUCUCUUUCAUGUGAAGAAAAAAGAAGCCCAAAUUUACUCCAUAUAUUUCUAAAACGUAUGAAUAAUAAUCAGGGCUCUAACUUUGAUGUUUGGGGGCCUGGGGUCGACAUUUUUCGGGACACGCUUGAACUGUACCCCUACCAACUUUCUGAAAGGGUGGGGUGUAUGUGUAUUUUGUGUACAGGAACCCUGUAUUAAAGUGCCAACCCAUUUGAUAAUAACAGAGUUUUAGAUUGGUGAAAUUUAGUUUAUAUUUAACUUGAUUGUAUUCAAAAUGGACUUAGAGGAAAUGUUGUGGACAAUUAUAUAGAAAUUCAUGGCCAAGUCACUUUCUCGUAACAAAGUUACUACAUUGAUAUUGGCUUAAAAAUAGAAUAUAUAUAUACCGGUAUAUCACAUUGUGAUCACUUACCAGCUUACUGGCUCAGCUUUGAUGAACUAUAAAAGGGGCAAAAAUUAAUAAAAUUAAUAUUGGCUUUAAAAAAUAUAUAUAUACCAAGGGAUAGUGUAAUCACUUACUAGCUCAGCUUUGGUAAACUGCAAAAGGGGCAAAAUUUCAUGGGAAAUUUGUUUCUAGUGAUACACCUUUGCAUAACUUCUCAGCAUGAUGAUGUCCAUGUUUAUUGGAGAUGUCAUGCUAAUAGAUACCUCUUUAGUGGGAAGCCCUUGAUAAUCUGUUGCUUUACCUAAUUUGAAGAAAGAAACUAAAUUGAAAAAAGUUUACAAAUAUAUAGUCGAGCAGUCUGUCUGAUUUAACAAGUUAGCCUACAGCAUCUUAUUUGAGAACGUGAUACAUGUAUAUAUAUUAAAAACUGUAUUGUUGUGUGUUUUUAUGAAAAGACUAGAUACACAAACCUGAGAAUUGUUCUGUAAAUGAUAUUUGAUGCACACCACAAUUUAAGUAUUAUGAGAUAUCUUCCUCAAGGCUAAAGUAUUUUAUAGGGAAAUCAAACAUAUUUUGGAUCGCUUGUUACUCCACUCAAUAACAGGUGCAUGUAUAUGUACAAUAAAACAUAAAUUCUAUUCAUAACUAUAAAUAGGUCACUUGACAUACAUGUAGUUAGUGCAGCUGAUAUUAAUGUUGUGUGCCUGGCAGAAUUUGUAUGAAAAUGUCAAUUAAUUAGUUUUCUACUGAAAAAAAUUAAAAAAUAGAAAAUGAUGCAGAAAUGUGUCCCUCUGUAUUAGAGUUAUCAGUGUUGACAAUUUACACAUUGUAGGAAUUGAAAUAUGAAUGAAGAUUUAGUCAAAUAUACAUAAAAUUGUUUAAAAUGUGCAAUUUAUAGAAAUAAACAUUGAUCCGUGGUGCAUCUGUUCGCACCGUCCUGCGGGUAUUAAUCAAAAUAAUGUAGUAUUCAUUAAGGUGAUUUCGACUUAUAUAUCUAUGGACUAUUAUGGUAGAAUUCCAGUGAAAAUAUAGUCACCCUUAAUUGAAAA